AUGACGGAGAAGGCUCUGGCCGGAUUUCGGAGGUUAAAGGUUUUCCUGGACCUGUCCUGUAACCAUCUGGAGAAUCUUGCAGAGAACAUUCAGAGCCUGGUCAACCUGAAGAUCCUUAUUGUGGAGGGAAACAACCUUCACUCUCUGCCAAAAGCUGUCUGCUUUCUCACCAGAUUGGAGCUGCUAAAUCUGGACUUUAACGAUAUCAAGGAUGUUCCCCAGGAGAUGCACCAACUGUUACAGCUGCAGAAGCUAGCUUGUCAUCCUCUUGACAAAGGUCUCCACAUCAUCCACAACCCACUCCUGAAGCCUGUGAAGGAAGUGCUGGAGGGAGGGCUGAGUGCCCUCUUCAACUACCUGAAAGCCGGUUAAGACGAGGCCGGGGCCUGUCCAUGCUGUCAGUUCAUGGAGCUGUAUGGGAAUGAUAUCCCUGGGAGGCAGGGCCAGUGUCUGCAGUGGGCCUGUACUACCAGAGCCUCCUCAGAAACUCGGUCUUAACUGAGCCAGAACAGGCACAUUAACAUUUGUUGAAGUUCAUAAAGGUGGAUCAGGUUAAGUUUAA